AUCCGCAUUGUAUUUUCAUAAAAAUGAAAAAACGAAGCUUGUCUGGGAACGUUGGCGUGGGGAUAUUCGUCGUUACUUUGGUGUGCGUUUGUGUAGCUUUUGGUACCCCAGCUUGGUUGGUUAGUGAUUAUCGACUCACUGGAGCAAAAGUAGAUAAACUUGGACUUUGGAGACAUUGUUUUCGCUCUCUUCCGAAUCCACAAGAAGCUGAUGCACCUAGACGUUUCUUUGUAGGGUGUCGAUGGAUCUUUGAUCCAUUUACAGCUGGUUAUGCUGAUAUCCGCAGCUUCCUUGUACCACCAUUUAUGGUGGCCACGCAGCUGUUCUUUACAUUCUGUCUGAUGUCCUGUUUGGUGUCUUGUGGCCUGAUACUGCUAUUUGUUUUGUGCUGUGAUCCUGAGCAAAAACGUUAUGUGCAGCUAAUAACAAUCAUAGGUUAUAUUUUGUUGGCUGGAGGUAUCAGUGGCAGCUUGGCAGUAAUCAUCUUUGCGUGUUUUGGAAAUGCCGACGGCUGGAUGUUAGGGCAUGAAAAUAAUUACUUUGGUUAUUCUUUUGCAUUGGGUGUAAUUGGCAGUGUGCUAUCCCUAAUAGCUAGUACACUUUUUCUUAUCGAGGCUUAUGUUCAACGCAAGAAACGUAAAUAUCUGAAAGAGUCUCAAACGCGCUUUCAACUCGAAUCUCAGGCAUAAGACUUUCUGCAAACAGGAGUUUGUACAGAAAAAAAAAAUCAACUUUGUCAAAAGUGAUAUUAUCUGUCUUAUUGAUAGAAAUAUCAAAACGUUCAUUUUCUUGAUAUCCGUAUUAUUUCUAAUAAAUAUUGCAAAAUUAUCCGUCCAUAGGCUACUAAUUUGUUGAUACUUUUAUUAUUUAAGAUACGUUUAUAUUAAGUAUGCGUUGUGUAAGAAAUCUAGAUACUAAUUAAUUAUAUACCCGACUUUUUAGGUCUAUAGUUUUUAUGGAGAACACAAUAAUGUUUAUCAUGGCAAUAGUUUUUACUCACAUGUGGCCACGCGUGUGUCAACAAUAUGCACGUGGAAUAUGAAUUUAAAAAAAAAAUUUAACUUUCACUGUCCGUUCGUAAUUGAAAUAUACGAAACUGCAAUGUAUUAUCCGUCCAUAAGUACAAACAAAAUCAAAGAAUGAUGUAUGUAAUACACUUACGGUUGGCUUUGUAUUUCUUUUAUAAUGAACUAUUUUAUAAUAAAAUACAUAUUUACUAA